UUGUGGAGAUUGAAUUUUCUUAUCUACCUCCACUAUUCAAUCGCAUGGCGUCAGAGGCCCAUUAGAAAAGUCAAGCCAGGGGUUUUGGAUUAGAUCGUUCGUUCUUCAAUUUAAAAGUUUUCUUCUUUCUUGUUCGGAACUCAGAAACACGAUGAAAUUGGCCUCGAGCUUGGUUCCUCAUCAAUGGCGUCUCUUAACAUCACCACAGCUUUCUCUACAAGCUUUCAUUUUCUCCACAGGUACUUACUUUGUCUCUGAUUUUGUCAUCCAUGGUUUCGUUUUACCUCUCUCUCUCUCAAUCUUCUUCAGCCUCCACCACAAAGUCUCACACUUUCUGGUCUCCAAGCUUGCGUCAAUGUCGGAAUCUUCAGACGGCUCUUUCUCCAAUCGUCAGUUCUAGCUACUUGCCCACUUCCUACAUCACUCAGAAGCAGAUUGAAAUCCCUACCUCCCCUGUAUAUAUAUUGAACCCUUGUUUACUCCAACCUUGGGUUUCCAACUUUGUGUUUCCAUUAAGACAAAAACACGAUUUUGGAUUUGGUUUGCAGGAAAAACAAUCGCCACCAGUGCAGGAAGGUUUGGGUGCUUUUCAAAAACUGCCCAUGGUCAUGCCAUCUAUUGAUUUGUAUGCUUCUGCUCUCAGGAAGUCUAAAAGAGUCCAACCAACUAAAGGCAUUGCUAAUAUUGCUAAGCGAGAAAGAAAUAGAGGUGCUAAACAGCUUGAUGCAUUCAUGAAAGAACUGGCUCUACCUUUAAAAGGCUACAUGGAAAGUUUUCCCAGGAAGAAACUCUUGCAUCCAUAUGAAAGGUCUCUUAUUGACUUGACACUUGGUGAUGGAAAGUAUGAAGAGGUGUUAGGAAAAGUUGAUGUUCUGAGGAAGAAGGUGCAAUCUGUUGGAAAGGAACAUGCUUCUCUCUGCGCCAAGGCUUUGUCAAAGAAGGAGGCAGAGGAACGCUUGAGCGAAGGUGUGGAGAAGCUGGAAUUGGUUUUCCAACAACAAGGGGGAGCUGUUGAUGAUUUGCUAACUAUAGCGAAGGUUUUGAGGGCUAUGCCAGUUGUUGACUUGGAAAUGCCGACUCUUUGCCUUGUCGGAGCACCAAACGUUGGGAAGUCAUCAUUGGUUCGCAUACUGUCAACAGGGAAGCCUGAGAUUUGCAAUUAUCCUUUCACAACCAGAGGAAUUCUGAUGGGUCACAUCGUUUUAAACUACCAACGAUUUCAGGUUACAGACACCCCUGGCCUUCUUAGGAGAUGCGAUGAGGAUAGGAAUAAUCUAGAGAAGUUAACUCUUGCUGUACUCACUCAUCUUCCAACCGCGGUUCUAUAUGUUCAUGAUCUAACGGGAGAAUGUGGGACUUCUCCUUCUGAUCAGUUUCAAAUAUAUAAAGAGAUGAAAGAGAGGUUUAAGGAUUACCUGUGGAUUGAUGCUGUGUCCAAAUGCGAUCUGCUGGGAGGCUCACCGGUGAUGUAUGCCAAAGAAGAUAGAAGCAGUGAUGACGCGGAAAUCAUUAAGUACCGGGAAAGAGGACCUGAUGAAUCAAUUCAUGUCUCGGUGAAAACAGAACAAGGUCUCAAUGAGCUAAAGAACAAAGUGAAGGAAGUACUGAGUAGUGAGAUGGAGAAGAUCCAAAGUGGAGAGAAAACUGAUCAAAGUGUUGCUACUUGCUAGUGCUUAGCUAGAGAUUUUUUGCCCAUUUUAGCAUUUUGACAUUAAUGUCUCAUUUGUUUUUAAUAUACUUAAAUAGGAUUAAAAUCUUAAUGCAUUAUAUAUACAUAGCUAUUUCUCUCCUCCCUUGUUAGUAGUGGAUUUGGUACGCAUAUAUAUAUAUACAUAUAUAAGUUUUAGC